AUGGGUUCAGCGCUCAGGACAGCGGUACUCAUCGUAUCAGACACGGCUGCGGCGGAUGCGUCAACUGACAAAAGUGGCAGCAUCUUGAAAGCGACGUUCGCUGAAGAUGGAGCAGGCAAGUGGGAUGAGCCCACGGUGGAGAUCGUACCAGACGAUAUUGCACAUAUCCAACGCACCGUACGGAGCUGGACAGACACAUAUGGUGACGCAUACAUGAAUCUCGUGGUCACCACGGGAGGAACUGGCUUCGCGAAGAAGGACUGGACUCCGGAAGCUAUUGAGCCACUAUUGCACCGGAAAGCUCCUGGGCUUGUCCAUGCUAUGCUACGGACAUCUUUUGAGGUCACGCCCUUUGCAAUGAUGUCCAGGCCUGUUGCUGGUGUUCGGAACAAGACUGUUAUUCUCACCCUACCUGGCUCGCCGAAAGGUGCCAAGGAGAAUCUACAAGCGGUGUUGAAGCUCCUGCCUCAUGCAUGUAUGCAAGCCGCAGGCGAGGAUUCGAGGACCGCCCAUGUAGGAGGUGUGAAGAAGCUUGAACAGGAUGCCGGACUCGGAUCGGACGUCCCCAAAGCCGACGAUUCUCAUAAUCACGAUCACCACCAUCAUCACCAUCACCACGGAGGUCAUGGUGGCCAUAAGGUUCCGAAAGCGCAUACGUCCCCAGCAGAGCGUCCCCAGUCAAACGACCUACGCCUAGGCGCAACUGCCCGUGCCCGAUCAUCACCGUAUCCGAUGCUGAGCGUCGCAGAUGCUGUUGCCGCGGUCUUGGCUCGUACGCCUGCUGCUAUUGCUGAAAACUUGCCUAUGAGCCCGUCCUUAACAGGUGCCGUGGUGGCUGAGGACAUCAAAGCUCUGGAAGCGGUCCCAGCUUAUCGGGCUAGCAUUGUGGACGGCUACGCAGUCAGGAUACCGGAACCUUCGUCAUCGCUAAAGGGGACAUUCCCAGUUGCGUCCGUAUCGCAUGCGCAGGCCUCAUCAAUGCCACCACCACUGGAAGCUAAGACGAUCGCAAGAAUUACGACAGGCGCACCGCUUCCAGAGAAUGCUAAUGCUGUCGUCAUGGUCGAGGACACAACAAUCGCAAGUGCGACUGCAGAUGGAAUAGAGGAAGCUACCGUUACGAUUUUGACCUCAGAUCUUGAGGCGGGAGAGAACAUCCGAGAACCUGGCUCAGACAUACCAAAGGACUCAUUGAUAUUGCGCAAGGGCACACGAAUCAGCGCCAUUGGUGGCGAAAUAGGUCUACUUGCAGCGGGCGGCAUCACAUCUGUCCCAGUCUACCGCCGUCCACGCGUAGGUGUCAUGUCAACUGGCGACGAGGUGACUGACAUUUCCGAUACCUCGGCGCCACUCAGUGGCGGUCAGAUCCGUGACUCGAAUAGACCAUCCCUUCUCUCGUUGAUUCGCGGUUGGAACUUAUGCUCCGAGGUAGUCGACCUGGGAAUAGCACGAGACACCCCAGCAGACGCCUUAGAGACCGCACUUCGCGACGCGUUGCGCUCAAGCGAUGUGGACGUUAUUAUCACCACGGGCGGCGUCAGCAUGGGCGAGCUUGACCUGCUGAAGCCGACUGUGGAACGCAAGCUGGGUGGCGAAGUCGUCUUCGGACGAGUUUCGAUGAAGCCUGGCAAGCCAACUACAUUCGCAAGCGUUCCGUUCAAGGAGAGCAAGGACGGCGCAAGGGCCGAGCGACUGCUAUUUGGCCUCCCUGGCAAUCCGGCGAGUGCGAUCGUGACGGCGAAUCUCUUUUUGCUGCCCUGUCUGCAGAAGAUGAAUGGAUUGGAAGGCAAUGGGCUGGAAGUCGUGCCUGUUUCAGUGAGCGACAAAAUCAAAUGCGAUCCUGCUCGAGUGGAAUACCAUCGGGUAGUGGUUUCAGUUGAUCAUCAGAGUGGCAAGUUGAUCGCGAGAAGUACAGGCAUGCAACGAAGCAGUCGUGUUGGCAGUCUGGCUAAUGCUAAUGCGCUGCUCGAACUGCCGCAGAAGCAGGGAUUCUUGCAGCCUGGUGAGCGCUGCAAUGCGUUGAUGAUGGGCCAUUUGUAA